CGCUCAUUUACGGCUCUCUGUCUCCGUACGAGAAUUUGCCAACAUGGCGUUUACUCUCUAUGCACUCAUCCAGACUGCAAUUCUGUGCACAAAUGCUGUCGCCGUGCUGCACGAAGAAAGGUUUCUCAGCAAAAUUGGAUCAGGUGUCGACCAUGGGGUCUCUGGUUUUGGAGAUGACCCGGGAGUAAGAGCCCAAAUCCUCAAUCUCAUCCGCUCAGUCCGAAUGAUCAUGAGAGUGCCUCUUAUAAUUGUGAAUUCAGCCUCCAUCGUCCUGCUGUUGCUUUUUGGCUGACGACCGAUCGCAAACUCAAGCUGCAGGACCAAGGAACAAUUUCGCUCUUGCUCUCACACAACUGACACACACAGUUGAUAUUUAGGUGGAAGCAAUGUUUAAUACUUUCUAAGAAAAAGCAAACCCAGCAGAUUCCUUCAGUUGCACACUUUUUUAAAAAAAUUGUUAUUUGAUGUUUAUAUGUCCAACAUUAUGUGGUGAGUAAUUUACAUCUGCUGCACAAUUUGUGUGGAGUUUGCAUGUUUUCCGUGUUAGUGUAUUUUUUUUUAUUAUAGAUUCCUCCCACAUUCCCAAAACAAGUUUUCAUUUAAUUGAGGACUGCAUAUUCCGCUAUUUGUAAAUCUGAAUUAGGUUUACACUGUUACCAUGGAGACACUUGUUACUGCAAGUCAUAUUGCAACUGAUGAUUUGCUUUUAAAAGUAUUGUGCCAAAUGUGUGGAAAAACAAUUUAUUUAUUUGUAAUGCCGUCAUCUCAAUUGUAAAGUUUCUUUUCUGAAUAAAUUAACAUCUUAAUUGUCAUAA